AUGGUUGCCUCGGGGUUGGUGAUCCUGGCACGGCAUGAGAAGGCACGGCUGGUCUCCGAAGAGUGGAUCAAGAAGGAGAAAUGUGUCUUUGAGUUCGUGGCCAUUUGCACCAAGGAUUUGGAGAAAGGCACCUAUCGCCACUUCUACAUGCGGACGGAGGAGAAAGCGGGCCAGACGCCCACGCUCUACGAUGAGAUUCCUGAGACCGCCAUCACUGAGCGAUCGGACUACUGGGACUGGGACGUGGUCACCAUGGAAGUAGUGUCUACAGCUCCUCUGGACGGCGGCUGUGCUGCAGUCCGUAUCAGGACCAAGAACACAGGGCCCACCAAGGAGCGCAUCCGAGCGCAACUGGCCAUGUUGGGCGCUCCUGUCUUGAACGACAAGGCGGUCACAAGAGCCAAAGAGGUGAACAAGGAGGUAGCCAAGGCGGCGGGUCUUUUGCCCGAGCCCGCCAAGCGGAU